AGCGAUUUUGGCCCAAAGUGACCUCUCCGUCCCAUUCUCGCAGCUUCCGAAUCGCACAAUGUCCGUUUCCGGCCCAUGCAAGUCCUUCAACGGCAUGAAGGGCUGGGGGUUCAUUGACUAUGGCGGUCAGGAUGUGUUUGUCCACAUCAAGGAUUGCGUCGGAGGUCAGCCAGCUCCAGGUGAUGCGUUAACAUUUGACUUGGAGGAGUCAGCACCUGGAAAGUAUAAGGCGAAGAAUGUAAGCGGAGGCUCAGCCCCAAGAACCCAAGAUGCCAUGAUGGGCAAGGUCACUCCAGUGGAGGGCACUGGUGCGUACACAGGCACUGUGAAGUCCUUCAAUGCCCAGAAGGGUUUUGGCUUCAUUCAAGCAGAUGGCAUGGAAGACAUCUUUGUCCACAUGAAGGGCUGCGUAGGCACGCUACCGAACGCGGGCGAUGUCGUGAAGUUUGACAUGGAGCCGAGCCCAACGAAGCCCGGACAGUACCAGGCCAAGAAUGUCACGGGUGGCACGGCUCCAAUGAGCCAGCCUGGCAUGGGUGGAAUGGGCAAGGGCUAUGGUGGCAUGGGCAUGGGGAUGAUGGGAGGCAUGGGAUGUGGCAUGGGUGCAAUGGGUAUGAUGGGCGGCCUGAAGGGCGGCAUGAUGGCAGGGGGAGGAGGAGGAGGAGGAAUGAUGGGCCCUUAUGGCAAGGGAAUGAAGGGAAAAGGUGGUGGCUACGGCGGCUAUGGCGGGUACGGCUGGUAAAUUUGCCAGGACAAUCCCUUGUGAUGCCAUUGUUGACAUUCGGCACCAAGGAUGUGGCAGCAUCACUUGAAAAAACGGGUCCUU